UUGCAUUUCAGGCAAGUACAUGAAAAAUUGUUAAAAACAUUAUAAAACAAAUGGUUUGUAAAUAAGUAUUGUAUAAAAGUGGUAAUUAUGUCGAAACGAAAAUUUGUUGAGUUUGAUAAUGAUGAUCUAUCGGAACUUAUUGAAAAAGGUUCGAAAAUACAAAAGAAACAAGACGAUAAGAAAAAACAUUCACUAGAUUCAGAUGAAGAGGAUGACAAUAAUGAUGCAUAUGAUAUUAUGCACGAAGAUGAUAUUGAAGGAGCUGAAGAUGGUGUCGCUGAAAUGGAUGGCGAAACCAGGUAUACGGCUUUUAAUAUGAAAGAAGAAAUGGAAGAAGGUCAUUUUGAUACUCAGGGGCAUUUUCUAUGGAAAAAAGAAAAAUUAAUACAAGAUAAUUGGUUGGAUAGUAUUGAUUGGCAAAGAAUUAAAAAAAUUGAUAAUAAAAGCAAAAAAAGCAGUGAAGAAAAAGGUUUAGGUGAAGAUAGUGACAGUGAAUCCGAUUCAGAAAAGCCAAGUGAAAUAGAAUUAUAUAAAAAAAUUGUUGAAUAUUUGAAACCUAAAGAGACGGUUGCAAAAGCUAUUAAACGUUUAGGUGGUCAACAAAAAAUAUCAAGUCAAGAACGAUGGAAACGAAAAAAAGCGGGUCUUGAUGAACCAAAACCCUCCGAAGAAGUUACAAAACUAACGGAAUUUGCUAACAUGUUGUUAACAGCGACAGGAAAUAUGGAUAUUUAUCAAGAAACGUUUGAACAAAUCACGAAUAAAAUUCAAUCGAUUGGUAAAAAGAGUAUGAAAGAAGACGCUGUUGAUGAUAUGUUUGCCGAUGAUUUUGAAGAAAAAGAAAAAUCGAAAUUAAGUGAAUCAACUUCUAAUAAUGAACCAGGUACAUCGUCAUCUUCUGCUGAUGCUACUGCUACAAAUUCAACGAAUUGGGAAUUUAAAUGGACACAAGAUGCAACGGAAGUAUAUGGUCCACAUACUACUCAACAAAUGCAACAAUGGGUAGAAGAAGGUUACUUUAAAACUGGUGUUUGGGUGAGAAAGAUUGGACAAGAAGGUCCAUUUUAUACAUCAUCUAGAAUUGAUUUUGAAUUAUAUUAUUAAAAAUUAGGAUAUACCUCCAGCCAUUUCUACUAGGUCCCAUUUUGUGUGAAGGUCAUUUUUCACUGCCAUACGCAUUUGCUAUUUCCCAUACCACGCAAUAAUUUCCAUCUCUAGUUCUUUCCCAGACAACUCUGAAAAUGGAAUGUUAUUGAAGAGGGGAAAAAUUUUUUACAAAAAAUGUCUUGCUCCAUGAGCUUAUAAAGAGACAGAGACACUACAAGCCGCUUUUCAUAAAAAUUGGAAACAUAGUUUAGAAUUUGAUAAAACAUAGUAUAGGGUAAUUUUGGCCAAAAAAAUACAACAAUCGGGUUUAUUUAGCGAUUGGGUGAGUAGCUUUUGAGAUAUAGCCUACAGUCCUCUAUGAAGACCUUUACUCGUAGUUAUUUUGAAAAAUAUUGAUGUAUUCUUGGGUUCUACCAUAAUCCAAAAAAAUGCAAAUUUGUACUGUUUGAAUAAAUGACUGGAAUUUCACCACUCGCUAAGCCGUGCGUGAUUUUAGUUGAUAUCUCAGAA